AUGCUGUCAGCAGUCACAGUGAUUUCGAUAGUGAUGGUCAUUGUAACAUGGCCAUGUGGGACCAUCCUGAACUUAUCCAUUAUAGCUGUCUAUGUCAGUGACUGGAAGAAGGGAGUGAAACUUGGGGAGAGUGAUCAGCUCAGUCUCCUUAUGGGGUGCAACAACCUGCUUUUUCAGUGCUUCAUAACAAUUCUAGAGGCUUUCUAUUUAUAUGGACAUUGCCUUUCGAUUGAAGAAAAACUUUGUUUUGUUGUCAGUGCUGCUCUCAUUUUUUCUAUUUCUCUUUCAUUUUGGCUGACUGCCGGUCUCUCCAUCUGUUACUGCCUGAGACUGGUCAAUAUCUCCCUUAAAUUCUUCAUCCAGUUAAAAAGCAGACUCUCUCAUACUGUUACCCCAUUCCUUCUGGGAUCACUGGCAAUUUCAUUCAUCAUUACACUUUCAUCAGCUAAUUGGAUAUCAUACAGCAAAGGUCAUGAAAAUAUAACUGACAUUUAUCAUAAUAAUAUGUCUAUUGCUGAUUUAUCUUGCAGGAUCAUUGCUGUUACAGUUGGUAACUGUCUGCCCUCCCUCAUUACCUCUAUUUGUAUUUUACUUUCUCUGAUAUCGCUCCUGAGGCACAUCUGGAGAAUGAAGCAGAAUACACAGUUCGGGAGUCCUCAGCUGAAGAACCUUAUAAAAGCUUGCAGGACAAUGUUCCUACUCAUGGCUCUGAAUUUUCUUUUCUUCCUGAUAAUUUCCGGUUCAGCAAUAACACAAAAUAGCAUGGAAACUAUAUGGAACAUGAUUUUCUUGUUAGGGGAACUGUCAAAUCCAUCAUGUCAAGCCAUUGUUCUGAUCUUUGGAAAUUCCAAGUUACUCAGUGCUUGGACAAAGACCGUGUUUCCUCAGUCACAGCAUCAUUAA